AUGGCAGGAAUCACAUCUGGUAGACAUCACAUUAGGUGCUGGGGUGCAGAAUUAGGUUGUGGUGCAAUGUUAGGAGCUCAUUGGGCUUAUUUAAAAGUCAAUGAGUUAGUUGCUAACAGUCAUUCAGAUAUCGGUCAUGCAUUAAGCUCUGCAGAUGUUUGUAUAACGGGUAAGGGAAUAGAGGUUUUGUUGAAGCAUUCAAAAACUGAUCAGAAGGAUGAUAUACAUGCAGGUAGUGGUUCGGUUUGGAUAGUAGGAUCGUCUAUCAUUAAAAGAGCAUUUAUUGAGGCAAGAUCUAGUGACGAGGGUGCAAAGUUAGGGUUAGGGAGGAUAAAUUUGAACAACUGUUCCCAGGGUUCAUCUGCUAACAGUUCAUUAACUAAUGCAGCCAUGGCCGAUUCUGCCAACGAGCAAGAUAUUUGGUGGAAAGAGUGUUGUUUUUUCUCCCAACUUCCUCAUGGCUGCAUUAAGUAUGGAUACCAAUGCAUUUUGCAGAAACUUUCUGCUUAUGAAUCAUUAACAUUUUGUCAUCAUCUGUAUGGUUACCAGUUGAACAUCUGUUCCCAGGGUUCAUCUGCUAACAGUUCAUUAACUAAUGCAGCCAUGGCCGAUUCUGCCAACGAGCAAAGAGAAAGGUUGGAAAAUAAAGAUGAAACGAGAAUUCGUAACGAAGACAAAAUUGAUAAACAGAAUAUAAGCCCAGAGGAUCCGGAUCAGCGGCUGUUAUACAGUAUGGGCGUAGGAAUAAAUGGGCAAAUCCAACAUCCUCAAGGGCUCCAUCCGGAAAAGUCCGAAAAAUUUAAGGAACAGAAAUUGGACAAAACUGUAGAGACAAAAGAGGAGUCGGAGAAGGAGGGCGGAAGUGGAAAAGAGAAACGCAGGAAAAGGAACUUUGGACCGAGUUGGCAAAACUGGCCUAAAGGCAUCGUUCCCUUCAUAUUUGAUGAUAAUCUGCGUGCAAAUAGAAAACCAUUCCAAGACGCAAUCGCGUUAUUUAAUGAACUCACUUGUAUUCGAUGGAAGCCAAGGUCGCCGGAAGUAACCCAAGAAGUAGGUCACCAGGCAUACGUUCGAGUUCAGAGUGGAUCAGGAUGUAGUUCUGGUGUAGGGUUCUAUGGAAAAGGCGAACUCGUGAUUACAUUAGCAGAACCCGGAUGUGGAUCGGUCAGUACAUCCGUACAUGAAAUGCUGCACAGACUUGGACAAAGACACGAGCAGUCUCGGAGUGAUCGGGAUAGGUAUGUCAGGAUUGUUUGGAAGAACAUCAAUCCCGAUAAUAAGUUUAAUUUUUACAGACGCUUGACCUACAAUCGUAACCCGUAUGAUGUUGGAAGUGUGAUGCAGUACGGAUAUACGUCCUUUGGUGGUGGAAAAACAACGAUAGAAUUGAGAGACAAAAACCUGCUAUUUCUUGAAGUUCCAAGCCAUCAGAUUUUCUCUUUUUAUGAUUUAAAAGAUGUACUGGAUCAGUAUAAAUGCACCGAUCAUUGUUCCCCGCCACCUGACUGUUAUAAUGGUGGAUAUAUCAAUGUAACAUGUGGCUGUAACUGUCCCGAGGGGUUUACCGGGGCAACGUGUGAUACUGUGAUUACAGACUCGGACUGUGGUGGCUUUGUUUACCUGAAGGAAAAUGAUGUGGUUUUAGACCAAAGCAAAGACGUUUCUGUAACAUCUCCCAACUAUCCGGGUCCAGUCGGUCAGGGAAAGAUUUGCAGAUGGGCAAUUAAGGCGCCAGAAGGAUUCAUUAUUAAAAUGACAAUAGAUGACCUUCAUUUGGCAUAUAACCCGAAAACAGUUCGAUGUUAUCAUUGGUUAGAAAUACAGUACAACCUUCCAGGUCAACCUGGCAUCAGGCGGUGUGGAGAUAUCGUUGGUGAAACCUUUUUGACAUCAAAAGACUCGCCUACACUUAUGAUUGUUACCAUGGAUACUAAAUUUGCAGGCAGCAGAGUUACUCACAAAGGAUUCAAACUCCACUUUGAGAAGGAAAAAGAAGUGUGCAGAGAUAAUCCUUGUUUGUAUGGUGUGUGUGUUCCUUCCGAGCUAAAGGCAUGCCAGUACAAGUGUGUAUGUCAACCUGGAUACACGGGAGACAACUGUGACCAAGUUUUAGAUGAUGCGAAACUGAAGUGUACAUUUGAAAGGUUUGAAAAGUGUUUCUUUAGCAACACCCAGGAGGGCGACAACUUUGAAUGGGGAGUAGGAUUUAGACAUAGCAUCUCUUUGGGGACGGGACCAGAGAGCGUCUAUAGAGGAGAGAGAUUCCUUUUCGCUGAAAUGUCCUCACCUAGAAAACCAGGGGACAGGGCGGUCAUAGUAACAGUUGUUACUCUUCCAGACAAAGCCGGUUGCCUUACCUUCGCUUAUAAUAUGUUUGGACGGAACGUCAAAAAGCUGACGUUAUUUUCCGAGGGCCGAAAUGCAGCAAAGACGUCCCUUUGGUCUAAAGAAGGAAACCAGGGAUCUGAUUGGUUGACAGCAAAUGUCAAUAUUCCGGCAAAGGAAGGAAUAAAGCUUUCGUUUGAGGCAAUUGCAGGCGAUGCGUGGGACAGUGACGUAGCUCUGGAUGAGAUCAAGUGGGAGGUGGGGCAGUGUGACAAAACCGUCACGAAGGACUGCAUUGAAUCUGGAAAAGAGUAUGAAGGGACCCGUGCCUACACUAAGAACGGAGUCAAAUGUCAAGCAUGGGCAUCAAACGAACCUUACGCUGUACCUUCCAAAUAUGCCUACCUUGCCACCGAAUCCAACUACUGUAGAAUUGCUGACGAACCUGAACCCUGGUGUUACACAACUUCUACAACAACAAGAUGGGAUUGGUGUGAUGUGCCAUACUGUUCUGCCACUGAAUGUGCUUACACCCCCAACCAAGUUGACUACAGUGGGACGGUAAGCUACACAAAAACCGGCAUUCCGUGCCAAAGAUGGGAUUCCCAGACUCCACACACACAUUCAUAUAAUGACCUUAUGAAGGAUGAGAACUAUUGUAGAAACACAGACGACAGUGCUGGAGCCUGGUGUUACACACAAGAUCCAGAUACUCGAUGGGAGCUGUGUGAUGUACCACAAUGUGAAAAAAUUGAACGUGACUGUUUAAUGACUGGUAGAGGUAUAGACUAUGCUGGAAGAUUAAGUACAACCACAUCUGGAAAAACAUGUCUACCUUGGCAAGAGGAGUCAAUGCGUGAAGAUGCUAAUUACUGUAGAAAUCCGGAUCUGUCUUCUAAGCCCUGGUGUUAUGUAAAGGGAGAAACAGGGCCGAUAAAGGAAUACUGUGAAAUAAAAUCCUGUGCUGAUUCACCCUGUUUUCCCAAUCCUUGUAAAAACGGGGGUCAAUGUGAGGUGAACGGAACAAAAUUCAGUUGUACAUGUCUGGAGGGGUUCAAGGGAGAUAACUGUGAAACACAGGAAUUGCAAGAAGAAGCGGAUUGCAAACGGACAAAAAUUGGAUGGGAAUACCAAGGCAAUAUUAACGUUACAAAAUCUGGGAGAAAAUGUCAAGCGUGGGGAUCCAAUUUCCCCCACACGUCCCGAUACACUGACCUGCCUGUAAACUACUGCAGGAAUCCAGGCAUAGAUGACGCUCCCUGGUGCUACACCACAGACCCAGAAAAGAUAUGGGAGUACUGUGAUAUUCCAGAUUGUGCUACUACUGCUCUAGAAUGUCUAAUAAAUUCGGACCCAAAAGGAAGGCUGUAUUUCGGUACACACAAUGUCGCUAAUACCGGAGACCUGUGUCAAGCAUGGGGGAGCCAGUCCCCAAACACACACAGAUACACUUACCUCAGUGACCAAUCAAACUACUGCAGGAACCCAGAUGGAGAGCCUGCCCCCUGGUGUUACACCGUCAACCCCAAAGUUCGUUGGAGCAUUUGCAUUAUUCCUCACUGCUAAA